UGGCUGUUAUAUCAAGUGUUUGUACGCCUCUAUAGUCAACACAUUGAACACACAAUACAGUGAUUUGUGAGACAAUCUGGUGGUGAGUGAGAGCACUGUUAGGACUGUUAGCAAUGUUAGCACUGUUUGACUGUUAUCUCAAACAAACACAUAAUACACACUAAACUGUUCACCAAUUGAUGCCCUCUGGAAGUGAGUGACAACAAUCACAACACUCAUUAAGAGAAAUGGCGGAAAACCCGGAAACCAUUACAGACAUACAAAACUAUUUGCAGUCGUUUAACAAAGAAAUAGAUGAAAGCGGUUCCAAUGAAACCACAUUUUAUGCUAUUGACGCCAAUAAGUUGGCCGCAGGUAUUGAUGAGGGAACACUACAAAUGUUGGCCGAACAGGCGGCCAGUGGUCAGGCCGGCACAUCUGGUACCGGUCCCGAUGGCGCCUAUCAAACUGUUGCCAUUGUUCCCGACCAGGAAAAUGGUGGUUAUGUUCUUAUAGUACAACAACCGACAACAAGUGAUGCCACCGAACCAACUAUUACUACGCCCACAACUAUUCAGACUGCCGUUCCCACCAAACCUGCGAUUAGUAGUAGUACUGCGACCACUAAAAGUACGCCGAAAACUAGUAAUAAAAUGCAAACCCGAAUGAAACGAAUCAAACAGGAAAAGAAAGACUCGUCUGAAAGACCAAAUGAUAUAUCGGUUUAUGAUUUCGAUGACAUUAACUUACCAAAUGUUCCCGAAGAUGAGUCCAUCAAUGAUUUAGAAAACACGGAUCAACUACUCAAUGAUGAAGAAGGAGAUGAAUCAGGAGAUGUAAAGCCUAAUCUACAGAAAACACCGAAACGAACUAAGAAGUCACCGGCAGCUAAUGUUUCGGCUAAAAAAGUAAAACCACAGACAACUACCACUCCGGCUAAUCCUAACCAACAUAUGUGUAAUUACUGUAAUUAUACGAGUAAUAAGCGAUAUUUGUUGUCCAGACAUAUGAAGUCACACAGUGAAGAACGACCUCAUAAGUGUGGUAUUUGUGAGCGAGGAUUCAAGACCAUCGCUUCGCUUCAAAAUCAUGUCAACACUCAUACCGGUGUCCGACCCCAUGGAUGUAAAUACUGUGAAGCGGCAUUCACUACAUCGGGUGAACUGGUCAGACAUGUCCGGUACCGACACACACACGAGAAGCCACAUCGUUGUACUGAAUGUGAUUACGCAUCGGUAGAGUUGUCUAAAUUGAAGCGACAUAUGAGAUGUCAUACUGGAGAGCGACCCUAUCAGUGCCCUCAUUGCACUUAUGCCAGUCCUGAUACUUACAAAUUAAAACGACAUCUUAGAAUACAUACAGGUGAAAAGCCUUACGAGUGUGAUGUAUGUCACGCGCGGUUCACUCAAAGCAAUUCACUUAAAGCUCAUCGACUUAUUCACAGCGGAAACAAACCUAUUUUUAAGUGUGAACUGUGUCCGACCACUUGUGGCCGUAAGACUGACCUCCGAAUCCAUGUCCAAAAGCUACACACUAGCGAUAAGUUGUUAUCUUGUAAGAGAUGUGACCAGAGUUUUCCCGAUCGCUAUCAUUUCAAAUUGCAUUUGAAAACACAUGAAGGAGAGAAAUGCUUUAAAUGUGAUUUAUGUAAUUACGCCAGUGUUUCGGCCCGACAUCUUGAGUCACAUAUGUUGAUACAUACCGACCAAAAACCGUUUAACUGCGAUUUGUGUGAUCAAUCAUUUCGUCAAAAGCAGUUAUUAAAGAGACAUAAGAAUCUGUACCACAAUCCUGCAUAUGUGGCGCCGCAGCCAAAGGAGAAGACACACGAAUGUCCUCAAUGUAACAAAGCUUUCAGACAUAAGGGAAACCUUAUGAGACAUAUGCAGAUUCACGAUCCCGACGCUUAUAAAGAACAAAAUAUCAAUUAUAAUCGUAUGAAUGACUCGACUCAACUUAUUGAUGAUGAAGAUGAAGACGAUAUGGAAGAUUCGUCACAAAUGAUUGUUCCCAAUGAGAGUGAUGAAGAACAUACACUAUCGUUCACUUUGGAUCCACAAACACAACAGAUCUUACAAAACACUAAUGGAGAGCAAGUGGUAGUCUUCGAAGUGGUUCAGAUGCCUAAUAAUGAUAAUGACAGCACAACACUUCCAGAUGAAGGACAGUUAGUCACAGAACAACUUAAUCUAUUACAGGCCUCCACUUCUAAAGGUAAAGGAAAGACUCGUUACGCUAUUGCUCGACAAAAUGGCGCCAAUAAUUCUAAUGAUAACUAUAUAAUUCAAUUAUCAACUGAAGACGCCGAAGCAGCCAAUGCUAUCCAAGACGACAGUAUUAUUGAUGAUCCCGAUUAUAUGCCUAAACAUUCUGUCCGUCUCAGUUCGGCGCCUACCACUUCUUCAGGCCUCAUAUCUCAGCCCACUUCUAUUCCUCCGCCACCUCUUGUAACCGAUGACACCAAACAAUUGAGAGAUCAAAUACAGAAACAAAAAGAUUUAGCAAAUUGUUUUGGAUUUAAGGAUGACGAUGAAGAAGAUGAUGCUAUUCUAUCAAUGCCUGCCGUUCACGGACAGUGAUGACAGUGAUAGUGAUACUAUAAAUCUGUAUUGUAGAUGAAUGUUGACAUUACUAAUAUGAUAGGACAUUGAAUUAUGUUUAUAAGUUGUUAACAAAAUUGUCUAUUAAUUUACAUAAAUAGACAUUUUGUUAUAUUUUUAAUAUCUAUG